GGAAACUUGAGUUCUGUUAUGGUGUAGGAACAGAGUUGUCUCUCUUGUCAGUAUUUGUUUCUCCUGGCACUGUGUUGAUUUCGAUGCUAAUGUUAAAACAUGAGCUUACUAAAGUCUGCACUGGUCCUGGUUCUAUGUGCCCUAAACUUAUCUCAAGAGUUUCUUGUUAGAAAAAGCGUGGAGAGCUUGAGCAGCGAGGAACUUCUGGAUCUCCAUGAAGCUCUUCAAAAUGCUGUGGAGGACAACUCCUCCAAAGGAUACGCUUCCAUCGCUGCAUACCACGGCUACCCCGCUCAAUGUUCGGCCUGGGGUCUUAAGCUGGGUUGCAGUGUCCACGGGGUGUCGAUCUUCCCUCAGUGGCACAGGCUUUAUGUGGUCCAGAUGGAACAGGCGUUCCAGGAGAAAGGUCUCACAAUUGGUGUACCCUACUGGGACUGGACACGCCCUCUGGUCAGACUGCCUGGUCUUGUCAGCCAACUGGUAUUUACUGCUAGGGGUAGCGGUAAAGCAAAGAGGAACGCUUGGUAUCAAGGUCACAUUGUCAUCGGUGACCAGAUGAUACGAACUGCCAGAUCUGUGGAUAAAAGACUUUUUCAAAAGUAUGGUCCAGGAGAACACACAAAUCUUUUUGAGCACGUUCUGAACGCCCUGGAGUAUAAAGACUAUAACCAAUUUGAAGUCCAGCUGGAGAUAGCCCAAAACACUAUCCAUCAUCUGGUCGGUGGCAGAAACAAGUAUUCUAUGUCCAACCUGGAUUACGCGUCCUACGACCCAAUCUUUUUUCUUCAUCAUGCGAACGUGGAUAGGAUAUACACCAUUUACGAACGGUUAUAUGGCAGCGCCCGAAUCAACUCGUUUGAUGUACAAACCUUUAUGAAGCCGAUGGAUCCAUUUAGCUGGGAAACGAAUCCAUUCAACAUAACCAAGGAUCAGUCAAAGCCGAAGAGUACAUUUACAUUCAAGCAUUCACCUUUAGGAUAUAAAUACCAGGAUUUAACCCUAAACGGUCUGGAUUCGAUGGCGCUGCAAAAGUUGAUCAAGGAAAGAAAGAAAAAGCCUCGAGCAUUUGCGGUGUUUCGUCUGAACAGUUUCAGAACAUCUGCUGAGAUCAAAGUUCAGGUAUGCAUACCAACGUCUAAUGCCGGAACUAACAAUUACUGCGAGUACGCAGGCGCAUUUUUCCUACUGGGCGGUCCUUUGGAGAUGCCAUGGGCCUUUUCAAACCCGUACUACUUUGAGGUGACCAAGACAGUCCAGAGGAUGAAACUACCGCUAGAUGGCAACUAUCGCAUAGAAGCGGAGAUAUACAGUGUUAAUGGCGCCAGGUUGCCGGACUACUUUCUGCCACACCCCUUUGUCUCAUUUAGACCCGGGUCAGAGGAUAAAGAUCCGCCAAUACAACGCAGUGAUGUCACCAAGGAUGUCACAGUACGUAAAGAUGUGGACAGGUUGAGCAGAGAAGAAGUGUUGGAACUAAGAAGAGUCAUGCAGAACCUGCAGAAAGACAAAAGUGUCGAGGGCUACCAGGCCAUGGCAGAGUUCCACGGAAACCCAGGGAUGUGUCCACAUCCUACGUCCCAGGACAGAAAAUAUUGUUCCAACCACGGCCAACCCUCCUUCCCACAUUGGCACAGACUUAUGAUCGUACAGCUGGAAGAUGCACUACGCAAAAGAGGAUCUCCUAUUGGCGUUCCAUAUUGGGAUUGGACGAAGCUUAAUACAUCUAUUCCGUUACUAGCAGCCGACCCAGACUACAUUGAUCCUUAUAGUCAAGAGAAACAAGUCAAUCCUUUCUAUCAAGCUGAUAUCGAAUACCUAAAUGUAACCACUGGACGAGACGCAAGUCUGGACCAAACAAUAUCUUCGUAUAACCAGACGGAGCUCUUUGAGGCGUUUCUUUUAGCAUUGGAACAAGAAGAUUUCUGUGACUUUGAGAUUCAGUUUGAAAUGGCUCACAAUUUGAUUCACUCCCUUGUCGGGGGACGUCACCCUUACAGUAUGGCAACUCUAGAGUACAGUGCCUUUGAUCCCAUCUUUUAUCUUCAUCAUAGUGGUAUGGAUAGAAUCUGGGCCAUCUGGACAGCUCUCCAAGAACUAAGGGGCAAACCUUACAAAGCUCACUGUGCCCAGUCCUAUACAUACACCCCCAUGAAGCCCUUCGCCUUUUCCAGUCCGUACAACAACAACAACAAGACGUCGUCCCACUCUGUGCCCACUAAGAUCUACGACUAUGAGUCUGAGCUGAACUACGCCUAUGAUAGCCUGCGGUACGGCGGAAUGAAUGUCGCUGAACUGAACAGCUACAUUCUCAAGAGAAAGACAAGAGAUCGAGUUUUUGCUGGCUUCUUGCUAUGGGGCAUAAAAACAACAGGCAUUGCUCGUAUUUUUAUUCAAGCACCAGAGAAACGAAGAAUUGAAGCUGGGCGCUUUGCCAUUUUAGGUGGACCUGGCGAAAUGCAAUGGAGAAUAGAUCGUCUUUACAAGUACGAGAUAACAGAUGCUCUGACCAGUUUGGGUCUUGGCUAUGAAGAUGAUUACAAAGUGACCUUCGAGAUCAAAUUGAUGGACGGGUCAGAGUUUAAAGCACAGUUUCCAUUUCCGGAGGUUAAGAUAUUAUUCCAGGAAGCAUCAGAUCCUGUAACGACAAACUCCAGAGACUCAAUAAAAGUACGUCAGAAUGUAGAGACUUUGACUUCACAACAAGUCUACGAGCUACGUAAAGCUAUGACCGCUCUGCAAGCUAAACGUUACGACAUCAACUUUCAGAUUCUUGGUCGCUACCAUGGAGGUCUAGAAUGGUGUCCUUUUCCGAAAGCUAAAGUGAAAAAGUUGUGUGGUCGUCAUGGUGUUGCCACUUUUCCACAUUGGCACAGAUUGUGGACAGUACUUGCUGAAAAUGCUUUACGUAAUCUUGGUUACACUGGAGCUCUUCCCUACUGGGAUUGGACUCGACCACUGACUGCUCUGCCCGAUCUGGUUUCUAGUGCAAAAUAUCUGAGCCCUAUCAGCAACGAGGAAGAAUCGAACCCAUUUCAUAGUGCAUUCAUCAAAGACGUCAAUGAGAGCACAACUAGAUCACUUCAAGAAAACCUUUUCAAGCAACCAGCUUAUGGAGAAUACACAGCUGUAUCUAAACAGGUUCUUCUGGCAAUGGAGCAAGAGGAUUUUUGCGAUUUUGAAGUUCAAUUUGAAAUAGCCCAUAAUUUUAUUAAUGCACACAUUGGAGGUUUUGAACUCUACUCCAUGUCUUCUCUCAAGUACGCAGCUUUCGAUCCUCUAUUUGUUCUACACCACGCGAAUGUUGAUAGGAUCUGGGCCAUUUGGCAGGCUCUCCAAAAACUCCGUAAUAAACCUUACUUGACGGCUAAUUGCGCUCAAGGCCUGAUGCAAAUACAACUGUCUCCAUACAAUCUAACGGACGGUAUAAAUCGAUACUCCAAUACAAAGGGCCAUUCCGAACCUUCACAGGUUUUUGACUAUCGACCUAACUUCAACUAUGACUAUGACAACUUGGACUUCAAUGGACUCACUGUUUCACAACUGUUCAAACUCCUAGAGAAAGGCAAAGCUCGAGAUCGUGUAUUUGUAGGCUUUAAACUUCACAGCCUUGGUCAGUCCGUUGUGACCAAAGUCCAAAUCUGCAGCAUAGACUCCAGCUGUCACGCAGCGGGUGAGUUUUACAUCCUUGGUGACCAAGACGAACUGGAGUGGUCAUACGACAGGUUAUACAAGCAUGAGAUCACUGACCAGCUGAGAGAACUGGGCCUCCGUUACGACGAUCAGUACACCAUAAAGUAUACAGUCUCUGACUUACAGGGCAAGGACAUGGGUAGAAAUGUGUUUCUUACAACAAGUGUCAUGCAUCAACUGGGUACAGAUCAUUGGUUUGGCAAGGACUAUAGAGAGCAACCAAACAUUGCCUUACGUGUACGACGUAAUCUCAAAGACCUGAGUUCUGGAGACAUUGAGAGCCUUCGUGCAGCACUGCUAUCGCUCCAACAGGACGGAACUUAUGAAGACAUAGCCACCUUCCAUGGCAAGCCAGGUCUGUGUACACACGGGGGUCGGAGCACUGCCUGCUGUAGCUAUGGGAGUGCGACAUUUCCUGCUUGGAAUAGACUUUAUGUCAAACAGGUUGAAGAUGCUCUGCUGGACCGAGGCUCGUCUGUAGCUGUUCCUUAUUGGGACUGGACUACUUCCUUCAGCAAGUUGCCUAAACUCCUCGAUGAAGCUACCUAUUACAACUGGCGCAAACAAAGAUUUGAACCAAAUCCUUUCUUUGGUGGCCGAGUCAAGGGAGAGAACGCAUUUACUACAAGAGAUCCUCAAGCGGAACUCUUCAACAACAAAGAUCUGUACGAACAAGCCCUCUACGUUCUAGAGCAGGACCACUUCUGUGACUUUGAGAUUCAGUUUGAGGUAUUCCAAAGUGCGAUCCACUUUCUUGUCGGGGGUCGAUCUUUGUUCUCUCUCUCUUCGCUGGACUACUCGGCAUUUGAUCCAGUUUUCAUUCUGCAUCGCACCAACACAGACAGAAUCUGGGCGAUUUGGCAGGAGCUUCAGCGUUACAGAAGGCUGCCUUACAGCCACGCUGACUGUGCCAUCAAUAAGAUGAAGAAACAUCUGGAACCUUUCGAUAGACCAGAACUCAACAAGAAUAACGACACAGCAAAAUUCAGCCGCCCAGCGGAUACAUUUGACUACCGCAACCACUUUGACUACGCUUACGACAGUCUGGAGUUUAACCGCAUGACCAUCCCACAGCUGGAGACACUGCUGCAGAAGAGAAAGACACAAAGCCGAGUUUUCGCAGGCUUCUUGUUACACAGCUUUGGUCUGAGUGUUAAGGUUGACUUGUAUCUCUGUACGUUAACUGAUGUGCUGAAGAUGAAAAAGUCAUGUGAUAACAAAGCUGGAACUUUCUACGUCCUUGGAGGGGAGAUAGAAACGCCUUUCUCUUUUGAUCGUCUGUACAAACACGAUAUAACAAACGCAGUCAGAGCCCUUGGCUUCGAGCUGGAUAGUGCUGCUAACUUUGAGCUCAAGGUUGACAUAAGCGCUGCCAACGGUAGUGUUUUAUCUCAAGGGCUGCGUACAAGUCCUUCCAUUAUAUAUGAACCUGGAGGUAUCAAGUAUAUUCCAGGACAACAGAGUAACCAACUGAUGGGACCUCUCUCAGAAAAGAGCUACACUAGUGAAAGUCACGUGAUCAAUGUAAGAGCUAGAAAAGAAGUUCAAUCUCUCAAUCCUCGAGAGAUACUUUCACUCUAUCACGCCAUGGCGUCACUGCAACAGGACAAUUCUCCAGACGGCUGGCAGGCACUAGCUGCAUUUCAUGCUCUCCCAACUCUCUGUCCAAACCCAAGGGCUGAAAAAAGGUAUGUCUGCUCCCCUAUCGGCACGGCCACAUUUCUUCCAUGGCAUCGCCUCUACACGGUGCAAGUUGAGGAUGCUCUUCGACGCCAUGGCGCUCUUGUUGGCCUCCCUUACUGGGACUGGACCAGGGAGGGUUCUGAAUUGCCAGAGUUUCUGGAAGAUGACAAUUAUCAUGAUCCGUUGACAGGAAAAACUUUACCUAAUCCAUUUGUACACUCUAAGAUUGGAUCUGAGGGUGUUUACACUGACAGAGAUAUAUUGGUAGACAAAAUUUUCAAAAUGGGCCCUCAUGGCUGGGACACGUGGAUGUUUGAGCAGGCACUGUUUGCCCUAGAACAAGACAACUACUGUGAUUUCCAGGCUCAACUUGAGGUCAUCAGCCAAGUUUUAAGUGUUUGGAUUGGCGGCUCGGAGACUCACUCAAUGAGCCAUCUUCAUUUCGCGUCCUAUGAUCCUCUGUUCUUUGUUCACCAUGCUAAUGUGGACAGGCUUUGGGCUGUAUGGCAAGCCCUUCAGAAGCAUAGAGGACACGAUCCAGACAAGAGUAAUUGUGCCUUAGAAAUGAUGAAAAAACCACUGAAACCAUUCAGCUUUGGAAGUCCUUACAAUCUGAAUGAAGUCACCAAAGAAAAAUCCCUGCCAACGGCUGUCUUUAAGUACGAAACUAAUUUUCACUAUAGAUACGACAAUUUAGAGUUUGCUGGAAUGAGCGUUUCUCAGCUGGACGCCUACAUCAAGGGCAAAACAAAACACGAUCGAGUGUUUGCUGGCUUUCUGCUAAAUGGGCUCAGAAUGUCAGCCUUUGUUGAUUUUGAGAUCUGUACGGUGCAUAAAUGCACUGAAGGUGGCUAUUUUGCAGUACUGGGUGGUGCAGAAGAGUUACCUUGGCAAUUUGACAGACUUUACAAAUAUGACAUUACUCAACAACUAAAAUCUAGAGCCUUGCGUUUUGAUGAUGACUAUGAAAUCAAAGUGCAUGUAAAGUCGAUGAAUGGUAGUCAACUAAGCAGCAGUUUAAUUGGUAGUCCCAACAUCAUCUUCGUGCCAGCAAAAGAAGAUCCUCACCUCACACUGGUCACUCCCAACUUGAUUAGGCGUGACCUAAGCACCCUCACGGAGAGAGAUUUUCACAGCUUGAGAGUGGCUCUUCAAAACUUACAGCAGGACCAGACAGAUGAUGGUUGGGCCAGAUUAGCAUCAUUUCAUGGUGCCCCUGCUUGCUGCAAGGAUGAAGAAGGAAACCCUACUGCUUGUAGUGCACAGGGACUGCCUACGUUCCCACAUUGGCAUAGGCUAUUUACCCUGCAGAUUGAACACGCCCUUAAGCGUCAUGGCAGUGCUAUAGCUGUACCUUACUGGGACUGGACUUUCCCCACCACAGAACUACCAUCCAUUUUUACAGAGGAGGAUUACUAUGAUAUCUUGAAAGAUGAGGUGGUUCCUAAUCCUUUUGUUCGAGGGUAUAUACCCACUGAAGAUACCUACACUGUGCGUGAUGUCAGACAUGAGCUGUUCACAAACAAUACAGAUAAUAGUCAGGAACGGUUUGAGAUGGUUCUCUUAGCUCUGGAGCAGAUAGAUUUCUGUGACUUUGCAGCUCAAUUUCAAGUGGUGCACAGCACCAUUCUUAAUUCAUUGGGAGGCGACCAGUUAUACUCAUUGUCCACACUUGAAUACUCUGCCUACGACCCAAUCUUCAUCAUACACAACUCCUUUAUGGACAAGAUCUGGCUUAUCUGGCAAGAACUCCAAAAGGAAAGACACUUGCCUUCAUUGGGAACAGAAUGUGCCUUGAACUACCUGAACCAACCCUUGCAGCCUUUCAACUCUGAACUUAACAUGAACACAUUCACUAAAGAGCAUUCUUUACCUAAAGAUCUUUUCAACCAUGACCUCCUUGGCUACCAGUAUGACCAUCUUAAGAUCGGAGGUCAUUCUGUCAAUGAUUUGGAAUAUCUGAUAAAUGACAAGAAAAUGAAAAACAGAAUUUUGGCUGGAUUCUUGCUUAAAAGUGUCAACACUUCUGUAUCUGUCAAACUUCAUGUCUGUAACUGUCAGGAAUGCAGUGAGUGUAUAUAUGCUGGUGGCUUUAGUCUAUUGGGUGGUCCUACUGAAAGAACAUGGGCUUUUGACCACCUCUUCAAGAAAGAUAUAACACAUGCUGUCGAGGAAGCUGGAAUAGAAGUAUCUGAUAGUGCUGACUUUUUCCUGGAUGUGAAAGUCUACGAUAGGGCAGGCAAACCAAUGAAGGACAGAUUGGUUUUCCCAACACCAAGCAUCAUCUUAGUCCCAACUAAAGUGAAAUGUUUCCAAAGAUGUACUGCUGAGAUUUGAUGUCAUGUUAAACAUGAAGUAACUUUCUCCCACAGGAUUUUGAUUGACAUCAUAAAAAGGAAACUGAUAAAAAUUGACCAAGACCUAGUGACAAAAAAUAUCAAUUGUCAACUUUAAAAUCAAGUCAUGAAGAAUGGCAUGCUCUGUACAAUGUUUGUAGUUGUUUGUCAAGGAAAAUCUGGGUUUUAAAAUGUCAAAUUGUUUUUUGGUCAACACCUGGGAUCAUUUUAUGCUUCAGUUUGUGACUUGACAAAACAUAUAUGUAGCAGAUUGCAUUUUUUGUUUUGUUUAGGCAAAAUCAAAGUAAUAUUAGCAUGCAGUAUGAAAACAAACACAAACAGGUGCUAUAAGUUUAUAAUAUGGUUCAAUACUAGUAACUGAUAUUGUUUAUUGAAUAUUAUCUGUGUCACAUUAUGCAUGUCAAAUUUUUAGUCCACCUCUUUGGUGAUUACUUGUAUCUGCGAGAUGCCAUUAAAGCCAUUGUACAUUUUAAAUGACAUUUGUAUUCUUGGAAGCCCAGAAACAUAUUUAUGACAAGCUGUUGUUAAACAAAACACUUUUCAUUUAUAGAGGAAAAGCCAACACCAAUAAGUUCUAUUGUAGGUCAAAGCAGACUCUUUUUCAAUCUCUAAAAAAUUAAGAAAAGUAAAAUAUUGCAACACAUUACUGAAUGGUGCAUUGACAAUAAUUUAAUUUUAUGUUUAAUAAAGAAUACAAACAUUAUGAAUAACAACUCAAAUUAGUCAUUAAAACUAAUAUAUAUUACAAUAAUUAAAAAAAAAUUAAAAAAAAACACUUAAAUAUGAUCAAGUAAUACUAUGUGUAGAAAAAAAUGAAUAAAAAGUAGAUACUAGCUAAUUAAAAGUUGACUGCUUGAACACAAUACAAUAUUACCAAUAUUUUGACUCAUCAAUUUCCUUCUUUAAAAUCAUUCUGUAGGUUAUCAUCAACUAAGCAAAGGUAUAAUGGACAGCAGAUUAAUAUUUUUAACAAUCACUAAAUAAUAAGCAAGAUGUGGAUCCUUUAUUUCAUAGCAAGAAUAAAACAAAACUCCACAUCUCAGUGAACCCACUUUAAAGGGAAUCCCUUAUAAGGCUCUAUAUCCGUGAACCCACUAAAGUAGGAAUUUUUUACCCUGUUUAGAUUUGAUUUGAUUUUGAUUUUAGGCACAUCAGCACAAUUUAGGCCAUGUCAUGCCUUUCCCUGUUUAGAACAAUUGCAACAAGCAUCUAAAAAUAACAAACAAAAUGUGGUGAAAUUUGUAUACUAAUGAUUAAAAAUAGCUGCCGUCAUCACUGCAUGUGUUUACAUCGAAUUUGAGAAAAAUUUCAGAAAAUUUGAAUACAAUUCAAUAUAGCAUGUAUAUGGUAGGUCUAAGCCUCAAGUUAAUAAAUAUUUUAAAUGAUUUAGACUUGACUCUACAAGUCUUUUGAUAAAAAUAAUAUCUUAACUUCAGAGAAAGUGACAGCUCGAUUGAUAAGAAAAGAUGUGAACUUUUAUUAGAGUUGAAAGAAAAGGGGGCCAUGGCUCUAUGGAGCUCAGGCAUAUGGAGAAAGUUAAAUCUAGGGACUGAGGGCUAGAAGAGUUAAUUAAAUUCUAAAAACACUAUCACAAAUGAUUGUAGACGCACAUAUAAUUAAAUAUAUGUUAUUCAUAUACAUUUUUAAAAAAGCCCUGAGACAUGACAGAUCCAGUAUUUAAAGUCUGAUUAUUUGCUGCAUUAACCUGAUUCAAUCUUGAAGUAUUAGAAGAUUUUUGAAAAGAAUUGGCUAAUUAUGAGCUAUUUUUAAAAGCUCAUCAAUUACUAAAAACUACAUUAAUUAGCAUGAAUCAAUUAAAGUUGCUUUCCAGUAAAAAAACAUUUCUAAAAUCUUCACUAAAUCCCCAGUACUAUUUUUUUUUAAGUCUCAUAUCCUAUCUAUAAUAAACACUGGUAAAAAGUAUCAACUUUAAAAAAUGGACUGAGUUUUAGUAAAAGAGGAUAUUAACAGCUAGAAUAAAAUCAUUUGUAGGCUAAAUUUACUACAGUCAAUAAAAGAUGUGUACAUUUUUGUCAGUCUUUUAAAGCAAAAAAGACUAUAGGUAAAAAUCCUUACUAUAGCAUAGCCAAUAUUUAGUACAAUAUAUGACUCCAUGUAUUCAAGCAAAGAUCUUUAAAAUGUAUCUGUGAGUUAUUUAGUCAUCAAAAUUGGUCUUGAUAAGGAACAUAAUUUACAUCAACAAGCAACUGAACAACUUGUUAUAUUUCACAGCCAUUAUAUAGAUAAAAUACUAACAGGGAAACAAUUAGUUCUCUACUGGAGCAAUGAAUUCAUAAGGUUCUGUUUUUCCCUGUCUCAGAUAUUCUCUUGAAUCUACAUCAGCCUGAAAUGUGCAAAAAAUAUAUUAAGCAUCAACAAUGACAUUUGUAAGUUUGAAUGUAGACUUUUUCUUCUAAGGUAGACAAUGAUCCUCAAAUUUUAUGGGACAGCACAAAUUAAUUAGAGGCUUAGUGGCUGAGGGGUAAAGCGCUUGGCUUCUGAACUGUGGGGUCUUGGGUUGGAAUCUUGGUAAAGAUUGAGAUUUUGAAUUUUAGGAUUCCUGAGUCCACCCAACUUUAAUGGGUUAUGUUGAGAAAAUAGAUAGUUGGUUAUUUUGAUGGUUUCAUGACACUCUCAUUCAUCAUUGGCCAUAGAAACAGAUGACCUUUAAAUAAUCUGACUAUAGAUUGCAAGAUCUGAAAGACGUACUUUAAUUUUUUUUUUAAUUAGUUAUAUAUUUUUGGAGCUCAAAAUGUAUCAAAAAGCAGUUUUCAUUUUUUGUUUAUAUCUGCUUAUCCAUACAAAAAAAACAAGAACUUCUAAAUAUAACUUUAAAAGUAUGUUUUAAAAAAAAUAACUAACUAUUCUUCAUUAUCAAGUAUUAAUACAAACUAUUUACAUAGGCUAAAUAAUUGAUUUGUUAUGUAUUUGCCUUCCACUGAAAUGUAAUUAAAGCAAAGUUGUUGUUUUUU